AUGGCUGUUGGUGCAGUCGCUGGCGGCAUUGGUGGAGUUGGCAAGACAAUGGUCAGCCAGCUCGAGUUCAGCAAGGACCAUACCGUCUUCGUCCUGAGCCGAACAGUUCCCGAGAACCAAGCUCCCGGUACUGCUCGGGUUAUCAAGGUAGACUACAAUGACACUACGUCACUGACUCGGUGUCUCGAGGAGAAUAAGGUCGAAGCUGUCGUCUCCACCAUCAACCUGCAGGACGAAGCUGCGAGCAACGCACAGCUGAGGCUCAUUGAAGCCGCUGACGCGUCCAAGACAACAACAAAGCGGUUCAUCCCCAGUGAGUUCGCCUUUGCCAACUCUCCAGACGGUGUCGAGGAUGAACCUAGUGUGAGAUUUGCAAUGGAGAGUGUUGAUGCGCUUCGGAGGUCAAACCUUCAGUUCACACGAUCCGCGAAUGGGUUCUUUAUGGACUAUUGGGGCCUACCCCAUAUUCCAAGUAACCUAUGGACUUAUACUUGGGCCAUAGAUAUUGCCAACAAACGAGCCGCCAUUCCCGGAACAGGGGACGAUUUGCUGAGCCUGACAUACUCUGUGGAUGUUGCCAAAUUUGUCGUUCGGAUGCUAGAGUCAUCAGACAAAUGGUCUGAGACCAGCAUCCUCUCCGGGUUUGACCUAACUUUCCACCAGCUCCUAGCUAUCGCUGAGAGGAUCCAAGGUUGUAAAUUCGAUGUCAAAUACGAUAGCUUAGAGGCUCUUGAGAAGAACGAAGCGACACUUCUUCAGGUUGGUUAUGGAGGUGGCGGUUGGGCCUCUGAAGAUGAGGCAAAGCAGAUGGCAUCUUUGUUCGGCAAGAUGACCAUCUCAGGGACCUUCCGCCUGCCGGACGACAACCGCAUUAAUGACAAGUUUUCUGGCUGGGUUACACCCAAUGACGGCUGA